ACAUCUCAUACAACAGCCGAGUUAAUGGCUCUAAUUACUUCUUCUCCUUCUUCCUCAAUCUCCACUAGCAUUUCAACUAAUACUAUUACUACUCAAAUUGAUUACAAAAAAGGUGUAAAGUACCUAGUUGACAAUUCAAAGAACAUGAAAAUGGUGCCUUUGGAGUUUGUUUUGCCAAUUUCAGAAGGUGAAAGGCCAUCGAUGGCGAUUGAUGGUUCAAUUCCAAUUAUAGAUAUGAGUGGACUCAAUGGACCUGAUGAACAAAGACUAUCAACUAUACAUGCCAUUAGUUCUGCUUGUGCCCAUUGGGGAUUCUUUAGGGUGACUAAUCAUGGAAUAAAGAGCUCUAUCAUGGAUGAAAUGCUUAAAGUGAUAGAAGAAUUUUUCAAUCUUCCAUUAGAAGAGAAAAUGAGAUAUUAUUCAGAAAAUGUGAUGGAUCCAGUAAGAUAUGGUACAAGCUUGAACACAACCAGAAAACAUAACCUCCAUUGGAGGGACUUUUUGAGGCACUAUGGUGGUCUAGUUCCACAAAGCUAUCACCUUUGGACAGAUAAUCCUCCUACCUACAAGCACAUUGCAAAGGAGUACUUAAAGGAAGUUUGGCAAUUUGCUACAAAAAUAUUUGGUGCAAUAUCAGAGGGAUUAGGGCUUGAUCCAAAUUACAUAGAGAGUUCACUUGGAGAUGAAGGGACUCAAAUAAUAGCUGCAAAUUAUUAUCCAGCAUGUCCUGAGCCAAAUAAGACAUUGGGACUAGCUCCACAUUCAGAUCAUGGUGGUCUCACUAUUUUGAUGGACAAUGGCAUUCAUGGCUUGCAAAUUAAACACAAUCAUAUAUGGUAUUCUGUCCCUAGUAUACCUGGCACUUUUAUUGUCAAUCUAGGGGAUUAUUUGGAGGUAUUGAGCAAUGGGAAAUACAAGAGCGUAGAGCAUCGAGCAGUAGUCAAUGCGGAGGCGGCUCGGAUCUCUAUAGCAGUGGGUCACGGCCCAGAAAUGAAUGCGAUAGUUCAGCCUGCAAGCCCACUUAUCAAAGAAAAGAGUAAAAGCAAGUAUCGGCCCAUUGUUUACAAAGACUAUAUUAGAGGCCAACAAAGCACUAUUAAAAGAGGGAAGAGUGCCUUGCAUGAGAUAAUGAACAACAUGAACCUAGUCCCAUGCAGAGUUCGCUCCAUCAAGUGCAUAAUGGGGUACAACUGUAAAAUUGUCGUGUCAGAGGCCUAUUGCUCCAAAGACCAACAACGUAACGCUUGGCAAAGAGAAAGUAGUGAAAGAGCAUCGUUUCUUCCGAAAAACUUGAUCAAUAAAGCCCCAUCUCAUCCAACAACCAAGUUAAUGGCUCUAAUAGUUACUUCUUCUCCUUUUCCUACUAUGGAAAUUGAUUACAAAAAAGGUGCAAAGUACUUAGUUGACAAUUCUAAGAAGAUGAAAAUGGUGCCUUCCCAGCUUGUUUUGCCAAUUCCAGAAGGUGAAAAGCCAUCGAUGGCGAUUGAUGGUUCAAUUCCAGUUAUAGAUUUGAGUGGACUCUAUGGACCUGAUGAACAAAGACUAUCAACUAUACAUGCCAUUUCUUCUGCUUGUGCUGAAUGGGGAUUCUUUAGGGUGACUAAUCAUGGUAUAAAGAGCUCUAUCAUGGAUGAAAUGCUAAAAGUGAUACAAGAGUUUUUCAAUCUCCCAUUAGAAGACAAAAUGAGAUAUUGUUCAGAAAAUGUGAUGGAUUCAGUCAUAUAUGGAACAAGCUUCAACGCUACCGGAAAGUAUGCCCUUCAUUGGAGGGACUUUUUCAGGCACUAUGGUGGUCUAGUUCCACAAAGCUAUCACUUUUGGCCAGAUAAUCCUCCCACAUACAAGCACGUUACAAAGGAGUACUUAAAGGAAGUUUGGCAACUUGCGAUGAAAAUAUUUGGUGCAAUAUCACAAGGAUUAGGGCUUGAUCCAGAUUACAUAGAGAAAUCACUUGGAGAUGAAGGGACUCAAAUGAUGGUUGCAAAUUAUUAUCCAACAUGUCCUGAGCCAAACAAGACAUUGGGACUUGCUCCCCAUUCAGAUAUGGGUGCUCUCACUAUUUUAAUGGACAGUGGCAUUCCAGGCUUGCAAAUUAAACACAAUCAAACAUGGUACUCUGUCCACCAUGUCCCUGGCACUUUUGUUGUCAAUCUAGGAGAUUUUUUGGAGAUAUUGAGUAAUGGCAAGUACAAGAGCGCAGAGCAUCGAGUUGUAGUCAAUGCGGAGGCGGCUCGGAUCUCUAUAGCAGUGGGUCAUGGCCCAAAAAUGAACACAAUAGUUCAGCCUGCAAGCCCACUUAUCAAAGAGAAGAGUGAAAGCAAGUAUCGACCCAUUGUUUACAAGGACUAUGUUAGAGCCCAACAAAGCACUACUAAGAGAGGGAAGGUUACCUUGGAUGAGAUUCUGAACAACAAUUAAUUUUGAGGAUAUGUCAAUCCUUGCAGAGAGAUAAUGUCGGUAAAAAUAUUAGCACUGUUUGUUAAUGUGCAUAGUAGUUAAACUUUGUGAUUAUUUCAUCUAGAAGUUUAAGUUAUCAGUAUUAACUUAUGUAUCCUCUUCCCAUUGAUGAAUCAAAUUGAACUAAAAAAUCAAGUAAUUUCAGGAAAUAAAGGUUGUUUAAUUUUUUUAUGCUAA